AAGUCUACGUUUUUAUGACUGGUUUUAAUCAAUUUAUCAAUCAUAUGACCCUGAUGAAUACAAGCACAUUAGAGUUCAUGAAGGCUGUCAGUGAUCUAAAAAAUCAGCAGUUACUUUUCAUUCUGGAAGAUGUUAAGUAAUCAAGACAGUCAGCUCAGCUUAAACAUUAACAAACAACAUGAUAGUGUGGAUAAUGCCAGAUAACGCCUUUGGAUGAGGCAAAGGUGUGUCUUUAUCUGAUACGUCUUCUAUAAGGCUCUAGCUGAAGCUACAGUUGCAAACAAGUAGUUUACCUUCUCAAAGUAACAAUGCUGAACUCUGUGGGACUGAGCUUUAUGCUGCUGCUCUCAGCAGUGGGAGCAGCAAUCGUAGAGAGCAACAGAGUGGGGUACGACUACUACAAAUAUCAUCCCAUGCCGGAGAUCACUAGUUGGAUGACUCAGAUGGAGAAGGAUUACCCUGGUGUUGUAAGCAUAGUAGACUAUGGAAAGAGCUAUGAGGGCAGGACUAUUAGCUUACUCAAGAUUGGUCUGAAUACUGGAGAAAAAAAGAAAGCUAUCUGGAUGGACUGUGGUAUCCAUGCCAGGGAGUGGAUUGCCCCAGCAUUCUGUCAGUACUUUGUGUCACAGAUUCUGCAAUCAUACAAAACAGACACAAUAAUGGAACAGAUGAUGAAGGACAUGGACUUCUACGUCACACCAGUCCUCAACGUUGAUGGCUACAUCUACUCCUGGAAGGACAACACAACUCGACUGUGGAGGAAGAACAGGUCACCGGGACCUCCGGGCUGUGAUUGUUACGGCACCGAUCUCAACCGCAACUUUGAGGCCAACUGGGGCACAAUCGGGGUAUCAUUUGACUGCUGCAGCCAAACCUACUGUGGGACCAAACCAAAGUCUGAGCCUGAGACCCAGUCUGUGAUGAAUUUCCUGGCAAGCCGAAAGGAUGACUUCCUGUGUUUCCUCACCAUCCACUCCUACAGCCAGCUGCUCCUGAUUCCCUUUGGACACCCUGACUUCACUGCCACCAACUAUGAUGAGCUGAUGACGGUGGGUUUGGGAGCAUCAGACGCCAUUCGGAAGGUCCAUGGGAUGGAGUACGCUGUAGGAACCUCUCCGGCUAUAUUAUACCCCAACUCUGGUUCUUCCAGAGACUGGGCUCGGAUGCAGGGAAUCCCCUUAUCCUACACCUUCGAGCUGAGAGAUAACGGUACAUUUGGCUUCGAGCUUCCUGAAGAUCAGAUCAAGCCAACCUGUGAGGAGGCCUACAGCGGAGCCCUGCACAUCAUCACCUACGCCCACGAUAAGACCUUCAACGGAGCUGUGGUCACCGCUGCUGCCACCCUCUGGACCAUGCUGUUAGCAGUGGGAGUCACCGGAGCCAACCUGAUUUGAGGUGGAGAGCUGCACUUCUCUCAGGCAUCCUGCUAUAAAUGACAAUUCUGUAUAGUUCUUUAACUAACCCUCCUGUUGUCUUCAUUUACAGACACCCAAAAAUUUUGUUUCCUUGUUUGAAGAAAAAAUGUUGCUUAAAAUAUUCCCCAAAUUUCUGAAAAUGUGCAAAACCUUCAGGAAGAAAAUUCCAAUAAUUGCUUCGAAGUUUUUAAGUUUUAUUUUAAAAAAAGAAAAUUCUUGUAAAUAUUUUCAAAAAAAUAAGUAAAAAUCUUCCAAAAAAAAUCCUAAAAAUAUCUACAGUGGUUACAUAUAUAUAUAUAUAUAUAUAUAUAUAUAUAUCAGUAAAAUUUCUAAUAUUUUCUUUAAGAAUAUUCACAAAAAAAUCAACCAAAAUCGAAUCCAAUUGGCUGGAUUUUGUUUGAUUUUUUUUGUGUGUGAAUGUUCUUAAACAUUGUUGUUGACAUUUCUUUUUUCCACCAAAAAAUGUUUUAAAAAAAUGACUUGAAAAUGUGGACAUCAGAAGUUUCACUGUGAAAAUAUAUUUUUUCCCACAUUUUUUAACUUUAAAACGGGUCA